GCCCCACCUCCUGGCCAGCCCCUCCCACACCCCAGCUCCUUCCAGGCCGGGAAGCGUGUCCUGUUCCAGAUCUCCGUCCAGCUGCCCCUUGUUCCCGGACUCCACCGAGUGGCGGUGGCAGACGGACGCCAUGACCUCCCGCCCGGAUCUCUCUCACCUCCUCCCGCCCCCCCGCUUGCGGCAGCUGGUCCGGGACUGGCUCCAAGAGGAUGCCCCGGCCUUCGACCCCGCUGGCUGCACAGUGGGAGAACGCCCGGAGCGCGCUGUGCUCCUCUGCAAGUCUCCCGGGGUGUUGGCUGGCUGCCCCUUCUUUGACGCCGUCUUUACCGAGCUGGGCUGCACCGUGGAGUGGUUCCAGCCCGAGGGGGCCUGGCUGGAGCCCGUGGCCCGCGUGGCCGAAGUCCGCGGCAAAGCCCGCCACCUGUUGCUCGGGGAGAGGACUGCUCUGAAUUGCCUGGGACGGUGCAGCGGGGUGGCCACGGCCACGGGACGGGCCUGCCGGCUGGCGCGGGAGGCCGGCUGGCGCGGGCAAGUGGCCGGGACGAGGAAGACCACGCCGGGUUUCAGGCUGGCCGAGAAGUACGCCCUGCUGGUGGGGGGAGCUUCGGGCCACCGCUACGGCUUGGGCAGUCUCGUCAUGCUGAAGGAUAACCACGUCUGGGCUGCGGGAGGAAUUGCCCGGGCUGUCCAGGAAGCCCAGCGGGUGGCUGGCUUUCAUCUGAAGCUGGAGGUGGAGUGUCGUUCGCUGGAAGAGGCCCUGGAAGCCGCAGAGGCCGGAUCUGACAUCGUCAUGCUGGAUAACUUCUCCCCGGAGGACUUGCAUCCCGCCGCCAGCGCGCUGAAAGCCGCCCACCCCCGGGUGAUGGUGGAAGCCAGCGGUGGGAUCUCGGAGGAGAAUAUCUCCCAGUUCUUCGGCCCGUGUAUAGACGUCCUUUCUCUGGGGUGCCUCACCCAGUCAGCCCGAGCCGUUGAUUUUUCCCUCAAAAUCUGUCGGGAGACACCGCUGCAGAGAGAUUUUGCCUUCUAAGACCAUAAGCCCCAAUUUUCAGGGCAGAGUGUGAAAUUUUAGCGCAGUGAAAUCAUGGGUCAGGGAAUUUCACAGAUUAACAGAUAAAAUUAUCUAGUUUCGUCCA